AUAUUUUUCCUUGAGUUUAACUUUAAAUCGACCUCUUAGCUAAAAAAUCUUAAGUCACCACAGAAAUCUUCUCCGGCGUGGAAGUGCAGAUGGUGAAAGCUCUGGCACAGGCGCUCAACUUCCGCGUCUCCUUCUACCAGUCGCCGAAUCCCGACACCGAGAAGUGGGGGCGCUUCCAGCUCAACGGCACAUUCAGCGGUUUGCUGGGGGAAAUCGUGUCCGGCAGAUCUGACUUUGCGCUCGGCGAUUUCCACUACACGCGCUACCAUCUGGGGCUGAUGGAUCUCAGCAUUCCGUACGACACUGAGUGCUGGACCUUCCUCACGCCCGAAAUCCUCUCGGACAACUCCUGGAAGACACUGAUUCUGCCCUUCAGUCCGGAGAUGUGGAUCGGUGUGUGUGUGUCACUGCUCGCCGUCGGACUCAUCUUCUUCCUCCUCUCCACCUUCUAUGUCUACAUUCACCACAAGAUGACACCACACCACACCCAAAAGCAUUUCCGCGUGCAGAAUCUGGUCUUCUGGACGACGCGUGUGGAGCAGGAAGCGCCUGAGAAUCCGCCCAAAGUGACAGAGCCACGCAGAUCCAAGGAUAUCUUUGAUGACUUCUCCAAUUGCAUCCUCUACACGUACAGCAUGCUUCUGCUUGUCUCCCUGCCGCGGCUUCCGCGCGCCUGGGCCAUCAGACUGCUCACCGGCUGGUACUACAUCUACUGCAUCCUUCUUGUCGUGGCCUACAAGGCUAGCAUGACGGCCAUCCUGGCCAAUCCCGUUGCCAGGUGAGUUGAGCAGAUUCCAAUGACUUGAGCCAAUCUAUAUUUAAAGACUUCCAGCACCUCUUGUGGUGGUUUGACAAAUUUCUAAUGUUCAGAAGACUUAUGAUGCUCAAUAGGAGCUUUCCAAAGAGCCCAAAAUCAACAAU